AUGAAGGUUAAAAAACAUCACCAUGGUGCAAAAAUUGUUGGCAAUACCGCAAGAAAAAAAGAUAUUGAGUGGAUAUGGAUUAAAAAAGUUCGUCCAAGUCACUCGUACAUAUCAAGCAACUCUGAUGAGGAAGACGAUACUCCCAUUGCCUGUCUUAAGCGAGAGUCCGACAAUCGAUCAAAAAUACAUCAGAGUUCGACUGAUGAUUCUUCGAGCGAAAAUGAAAAGGGAAAUAGCGAGGAAUUCUCUUUCAUCGAUGAUCUUUUGGACAGAAAUAAUGAUGAAUCAAAUGAAUAUGAAGAGGUCCCUAAAGAGGAAUUUUCUAUCACCGAUGAUCUUUUGAACAGAAAUAAUGAUGAAUCAAAUGAAAGAAGCGAUGACAAUAUAUCUGUAAGCGAUUCUCUACCAGAGGAAGCAUUUGAUGAAAGCCAUAACGAAAUGCAAACAGAAGAAGAAAUGUGGCAUCAAGACGAAAGCAAAUUAACGGAUCUGGUCAAUAAAAUUGAGACUGAUGAAUAUGAAGAGGCCACUAAAGAGGAAUUUUCUAUCACCGAUGAUCUUUUGGACAGAAAUCAUGAUGAAUCAAAUGAAAGUAGCAAAGAUGAUUUCGAUGACGCUAUGUCAGGUGCGAAUGAGACUGUAUAUGAUGCAAUUCAUUACGAAAUGCCAACAGUUGAAGAGAUUCCGGAUCAAAAUCAGAGCCGAUUAACGAACCAGAUCAUUAAUAUUGAAACCAAUGAUGAUGAAGUCACGAGCGAUAGUAAAUCUUGUGUCCUAAUCUUUUGUUAA